CCGUAGGUUCCUUUAGUGGAAAAUCCGCCAACCUCGGGUUUUUCUCCAUAAACACACACGGAAGACAGAUACACUCUACCUGUCUCUCUCCUCUAGUUGAAAAUACGUAGUACAAAGAAUUACACGUUUCCCGUCUAAACCGAUAUCCUUUUGUUUCCUUCCAUUCUACAAUAUCAAUCUUUGUUGAAAAUUCCAUGCUUUGCUGCACUUUUAUGGGAUUCUCCCUUUCCAGACAGUUUUUCAUUCUUUGCUUGUUUCAGGCCUUAAUCUUUGGUGGGUUUAAUUACAAUUUCUUUCUUUUUUAAUUUUCCACCCACGUUUUGAUUGCUUAUCCGAGUUUCCUAACCCAUUUGUUUCAUGGAUUUGGCGUCGACUCUGAAAAACAUUAUUGGUUUCUAGUUCAGGGUCUUGUGUUCUCCAAAACAAAUCCUUCAUUAGUCAUACCUAUCAGCCAGUCAUCUGUAACAUCAGAAAUCAAUCCAAAGCUUUUGGAGGUUGCGAAACUACCCUAGAUUUUUGAAGAGUUUUGGAGAUGCAGCAGCAGCAGCAGAUGGGGCAUCUUGAGGAGGAGCUGAAAGAGUCGCAGGCUCAAUUAAGUGUAACCGAGAAAGAAAGGGAUCGAGCAGUUGAUGAGCUGAAAGAGAUGAAAAUGCUGGCUUUGGAGGCCAACAUGAGGCUUAGUGAGGCGUUGUCCACCACGAAAGUUGAGGAGAUAAAAAUGGAGCUGAACUCAGUACAGGAUUCAUUGUCGAUUGCAAGUCAAGAACUUGAUAUCAAAGAAAAGAAUAUCGUGUCUUUGAAAAUCGAAUUAGCAAAGGGAAAGGGUUUGGAGAAAAAACUAGCACAGAGAGAUGCCUCAUUGGCCAGGUUAAAAAUGGAGUUGAAUAACUUGACAAGAUCUGAGGCUAGUGCAAGAGCCUUAUUGCCCGAAAGUAGGAAAAGAAUUCAGGAAUUAGAGGCAGAAGUAGUGAAAGAAAAGGAUUCUGAUAGGAAAACGUUUGAUUCAUUGGUAGCGCAGACAAAGCAGCUCGAGCAAACCAAAAUUCUGCUUGAAGAGUCAAAGCUUGAGAUUGCUUCUCUUCGUGAGAGUCUGAAAAUAUUGGAGGGCUCAUCCGGGCAAAGUGUUCCAAAUUCCCAAAGUUGCAUGGACGAUGAUCUUGCUAUGCAAACAACAUUAGAGAGUUUGGGUCAUGGACAGGAGAGUGAGAAAACUGCUUCCUUGAAGGGAAAGGGAACGACUCUCAUGGCGGAAAUGGAUUUGCUAAAAAAUGAACUGAAGUUGGCAACCGAGGCAGAGGAGAAUGGGAAGAAGGCGAUGGAUGAUUUAGCGUUAGCACUGAAAGAAGUUGCGGCAGAAGCCAACCAAAUAAAGGAGAAACUCGGAGUAACCCAAGCAGAGCUGGAGUACACAAAAGAGGAGGCAGGGAAUUUGAAAAUGAUGCUAAAGAGCAAGGAGGAGAAGUACGAACAACUUCUGGGUGAGACAAGGAAAGAAGCUGAUCGAUAUAGAAACAAUGCAGAGAGGCUGAGAUUAGAAGCUGAAGAUUCACUCUUGGCAUGGAAUGGGAAAGAAACCGGCUUUGUUGAUUGUAUCAAAAGAGCCGAAGAGGAAAGGUUUGCUGCACAAGAAGAGAGCAGAAGACUGCUUCAGUUGCUCACAGCAGCUGAGAAUAAGGCCAUGGCGUCCAAGGAAGAAACUCAGAAACUGCGUGACAUCCUUAAACAAGCCCUGAAUGAAGCUAAUGUUGCAAAAGAAGGAGCAGGGAUUGCCCGGGAUGAGAAUUCCCAGCUCAAGGAUAGCCUGGCUGAAAAGGAGGAUGCCUUGGAUUUCCUUACUCGAGAGAAUGAAAACCUUAGGAUUACCCAUUCCGCUGCUUUUGACAACAUCAAAGAGUUGAAGAGGUUGCUUUCUGAAACAUUAACAACAAAGGAGGUGAAGAAGGAGGACAAGAAUAGAUGUUCAAAAGAAGAAGAACAUAAGGAGACGGGGAGAAAACUGAAGACUCAAAAUUCCAGGGAUAAGGAACAUUACAAUGGCACUGUAAUGUGCACAGCUUUCGGUUUCAGUCUCAAGGACCUGAAACCUCCCAGUAAACAUAAGGAUCAUGUGGAGGGUGACCUUGAGAAUGAUGAGUCACUUGGGGGCUCAAUAUUCGACACUAUAGAUCAUUCACCAGAUUCAACUGCCCAUAACAGCAAAAAGCCCUCCUCUAUAUUCCAAGAUGACGAGGAAACAGCACAUCUGGAUGAAAACCAUUUUGAUGACUCGGAUAAUGAUAGAAACUUGAGAAAAAAGAGAGCAUUACUACGAAGAUUUGGAGAUCUAGUAAGGAGAAGAAGUCUUCAGUGAAAGGAACCAUGGAUUGAAUUAGAAACCUUUUCCAACCAACUUGGUUUUGAUUCUUGUCCAUGCACUUAGUUUUGAUAAUGGGAACAUAAUCCCAAUCAUCUCGAGUAUUGUACAGUUUUACCUCAAAUACAUGUCUUACAAAAAUAAAUUUACAAAUUAAUAUAUUAUAAUACGAUACAUCAAAU